UUCCUUUGAUACACAUGAUGAAGUCAAAGGCCAGAGAAGUCCAGCAGCAGGCAAUAAAAGCUCUUCACAGGCUAGUUGAAGGAAACCCUCAUGCCCAAAAGAAUGUUUUGGAAUUAGGUGGCACGUCACCUCUUAUUCACCUACUGCAAAAAAGUCAGAGUCCGCAUGUACAAGAAGUUGUGGCCGAUGCUUUAUGGGCCUUAGCUGGAGCUGAAUCAGAAUGUCAGAGGACAGCGGCUGAAGGCUUGGGAGUGAACAUGCUGGUUGGUUUUUUACGCUCUGUAUCAUGGCAGCUCCACCAAAUUGGAAUAGAAGGACUCGGAGUAUUUUUGCAAGGUCCUAGAGACAUGAGAAAUGCCAUUUUCUCAGCAAAUGGAGUGGACCAUCUUGAAAGGAUGCUGUGUUCUGAGAGAGAAAAUAUUGUGCUCAGCACAAUCCGUGUUCUUCACCACAUGUGUCUUGGUAUUGGCUACAUUCCACACUACAAGAACCAAAUAGCAGUUGCUAAUUCCAGGGGUCUCAAGGGUUUGCUAGCAUUGAUGAUACAUUCUCAGUCUGAAGCAAUCCAGGCAGAGGCAGCCUACACCCUGAGUGCUGUGGUCCUAGGCGACAGUGAAAACUUGGAGAUACUUUCCCAGAGUUCAGCCUUCCAGUACAGGUACAUCCCUCCCCUGCUAUAUUCAUCUGAGGAAGAGAUUCGCCUUCUGACGGCUGGGGCCUUAGCAACAUUUGCUUUCAAUAACGUCGGUGAGCAGCGAGCAAUCAUUUGA